GCAAUCUUCUUCGCUCGCACCUCUUCCUUGCAGUCACUCGUACAAGUCGGAAGCGUCUCAUCCUGCAUACCUGAAGAAGAAGAACUUCCUGGCAGCGACCCAUCGACUCUGAAAUGGGAAACAAGACCUCCCCAGCUCUCCUCUCACUUAUUGGUGUCAUGCUAAUAUGGCCGAAUGCCCUCACCAAGAGUGUGUCACCCAGACUGCAAAUUGCAGACACCUUCUCUCUAUCUGCAGGGCAGGUUGAAGAGCGCCCUCAUGUGGUGAAGCGGUCGACUCAGAGCUGCGACAGCUCGUAUGACAACUACUGCAUGAACAACGGCAAGUGCAUGCUGCUGGUGGACAUCAAUGAGCACCACUGCAACUGUGAGAAGGGCUUCAGUGGCGCCAGGUGUAGCAUCCCAGAGCUGGUUUUUCAGCCAGGGAGUGAAGAGCAAGUAAUUCUCAUCAUUUUCUGUGUGGGUCUGCUGCUAGUAGGUGUGGCCGGAGCUCUCUACUUCUGCUGCAAGUGGUAUAAGAAAAACAAAUUCCCCUGCCAGCAGAAGAAGCAGCAGAAGGGGCAGGGAUACAAAGGAGUCCAGAUGGUUUAGUGUCUCACACACCCACACACACCCUGUGCAUCUGUUACUGGAUCAGUAUUUUCCCUUUUUUUUUUCUUUUUCUUUUUUUAAAUGAAAUUCCAACUCACAGCCCUGUACGUAGCAAGGCUUUAUCGAGCAGGCAGAUCACGAAGAGAUUAAAGUGGUCAAAAGAAACAGCUUUGUGUGUGGAGCGAUUGUUUCCCAGCUGUACUGGUUCUUAAGUUUCAGUACCUGUUACACUCAGUUUGAAAAGAUGAAUAGUGAGACGCACAAAAACGGUUUCUGUGGGUGAAACCACCCACAUGAUGGUGGAAAAUUCAUAGAAAAUGAACAAAUGUGAGGACUAAGAGUGGACCAGUGUACCUGCUGUAACUUGUAGUGAUUCAUUAUUUAAAAAAUGUAGGUUUAUGUCUAAAAAAAUGUUUGUAAGAAAUGUUUGUACAAGCUGGCAAUACAUUUACUACCAUGAUGUUGUAGUUAUUUUAGUUUAUCUUCUCUUGUGCACAUCAAAUCAGAUUUUUGGUAUUUCUUAACCUUUCUUUUUCUUAUUUAUGUGUAAUCUACUGUCAUUUUUAUAUUUAUUGUGUUCUUUUGCUACUGGAACAUAAAAGCCACAAACAUCAUUGUUGCUGUCAUUAAAUUGGUAGCUGUGUUUAACUCUUAUAAACUUUGUUUAGUUAUAUAUUAUUAUCAUUUCAAUAACUUAUUUUAAAAGUAUUAAUGUAUGUGCUGGAGUCUUGCCUGUUUUGGAAACUUUGUUAGUACUGAAAUUGAAUAUAACUUGAAUUUUCUUAACGCUUGUAUGUGCUUUCAGUCACAUGAUAAAGAUACAGUUGAAAGUC